AGCCGAGUAUGCAUAUCCGUAUGGGCUCAACAUGGGAGUGUCAUCAUCUACAAAAGCGGAUAUGACGGUGAAAAACAUCCUGAAUUUAUAAGAUUUUGAUAAAAGUAGAGCAGAAUUACUAAGAAAGAAUACUUAUGGAACAUCUUCGAUUGUGGGAAAUAUGUGAUUGGUCAAGCAAAUUAUUUCACGGAAGUUUAAAAUUAUAAAUGAUGGUUUUGGUGUUUACUUGCUACUGAAAGUGUUAUUUAUAUAAUUACAAUAGUUAGUCUUGUUAUUUCGAGAGUAGCUGUGAUGGUAGACGGACAUUGAACAUAUUUCAACAUUUGUAACGAUUGUUUUAUAUCGUUGUAUUCGAAAAAUUGUCAGCAAAGACCUAAAAUGGAUUAUGAAAAACUAGUUCAAGAGAAAAACGAUUCAAAUACCGUUGAAAAUAUACCAAUCAUCGUGUUUAUGUCAAUUGUUUGCUCUGCUGGAAUCAUCGGUAAUUUCGUCGCCUUGCUAUUCUACGCUUCAAGGAAAGAUAAAUCAGCUGCAACUUUAGUGCUAACUGCACUGUCUGGAAACGAUUUGAUUUGCUCUAUAGUACUGCUUUCAUCUAUAGCUUGGUUCCUUCAUUCGAUGACGUACACAAAUAUUGCGGCGUGCAAAUUUCAUGGCUUCCUGAACCACGUGUUUGUUAUGAAUUCUAUGUUUUUACUCUUCGUCUUAGCCCUGGAUCGGUACUUAAGUAUAUGUUUCACAUCAAAAUGGAAGUCAUUAUUUGCAAGAAGGAAAACAGUGAUGUGUAACAUCGUUUGUACCACAGGACUUUCAAUCCUGUUUUCAAUACGAGAACUUGUCUUUUUCGAUGUUGUGCCCAUCGACUUUACUGUAGCCGAGAAUGUUACCCUCAAAGGAAACCGCUGUAAGACAACAAGUGAAAAGCGUCGCGCAAAAAUUGCCAAGGCUUUUAAUAUUUUUGACUUCAUAUUGGUCCUCAUAAUUAUGAUAUUAAUGCUAACUCUGUAUACGUUAAUCAUACGUAAGGUUUCUUCUGUUGGCCAACGUCGUCGCUCAACUCGAAAUAAUGCUGCACCGGACGAUAGCCAACCAACUGAUGUUUCGGAAAUUUCGGUCAAUGCCGUAGAACAAAGUCCAAAUGAAAAUACCGUUGUUGUUAGGAAUAAAACUUCAACAAUUCGACAGAAUACUAUUACUGUCAGCAAAUCUCUUCACUGGAGCGCGACAAUUGAACGACGGCUGACGCAGAUGGCAUUUAUUCUUACAUUGGCAUCCGUCUUGAGUUUUAUCCCUUACUUCGUCGUGUCAAUAAUAGGUACAAUACAUAAAGUGCUGCCAAUGUGGGCUUUGGUUUUAUACAGAUCGUAUGCUUUGAAUUCCACCAUGAACCCGUAUCUAAUAGGAUACUACAACUCGGAAUUUCGGGAGUUCAUUAAAAAGAUCAUAACUUGCCGUUUCUUACCAAGUUUACGAAGAAAAUAAAGGUUUAUAAUACGUAUUUUGAAAUCUAAAUCUAUUUAUGUAAAAUACUAUGUAUCCCUACAUGUUUAUCGAUAAUAUGUCAUAUACAUACGUUCAAAUACACUGUGUUAUAUUUAAUUUGAAUGCGUAUUGUGAAUUUAAACGUAAAAUAUCAACACAUUGCAAAACGGUCUAAAUUAUAUCUCAUGUCUAAAAUUUUCUAAAUACAUCCUGCUUACCAGUGUAUCAUAACGCAAAAAUAAAGUUUUGCCCAUGCCAUUUUUGCGAGGCGCUGCGCCUCGCCGCCGUGAUGCCUGCAAAAUAAACGCCCAUCAAUAUUUGUGAAAAUUCGACUGUGUUUUAUUUACUUUAUAGACGUGCACGCCUUAUCGAGCAUUUUAAUCGAUUAAAUAUACAUGUAGUUUUGUCGGGAUUCGGGUCCUCACAUAAUGCAGCCCCGGGCGUGGAAGGAUCUCAUUAACUUUAAAAUAAACACAAAUGUUUUGUCUGCAUUUCCAGUGUAUCCAUCAUUCAGUACAAUAGCUGGUUCGUUAAUGACUAAAAUACCACACCGAUAACGAUUUAGCGUGUUUGAUUUGAAAUUAAUUUUAAGGAAAUGUAAAUUCUAAAUCAGUUGCGAAAUAAUUGUGUAAAAGUGCAUCACGAAACUUUCAAAUGAAAUUAAAAGAUCCCAAUGUUCUCAGCGCUUCGAAGUUUUAUACAAAAUAAAUACACACACGCUUCCCAUGCAAACGAUGUAAUGUGUACGGCAUAGUUUUCGUGCGCUUAAAAAGACAAAUGAUCAUCACACAAUACAUUUGCACUGUUUAAUUAAAAGUACACAUUUUUACCGUCGCGUUAACAUCAAAAUUCGGAAGAGCAUUUAGGAUUACAUUUUUCAAUUUGCUCAUUUGAAAAAUCAUAAAAACAAUGAUAAUUGUGUGUUAUGAAUUUAAGUGCAAUUUGUUAAAACGCUUCUCAAGUCGAAAUAAAUAUUGUGACGAUAUUGAUAUGAAUCAAAUGCAUACUUUUCUCCAGUAGUUUAACCGGUUAUCAUUAUAAGUCUACUAAUGAGGUAACUAGCCACGAUUUUAUCGUGGAGGAGUACACCACAAGAACCAGUUAGUGUAGUAGUUAUAACAUGGCCAACAAACUGCCACAAAUCCCCUUCAAUAUUGACUGAUGACAAUGGAUUAUUCAUGCAUGACAAAUUCACAACCGUUCGCAAAGUUAGUGCCUUGUGCCAUAUUCCUGGAAAGUCGUUAAGUAAAAUCGUAAAAUAAAAGAUGAACAUGUCGGAACAAACGUUAAUGUCCAAUUACACAAAAGAUCAAUCAACAUAAUAAGUUUAUAUAUUGAAAAUUGUGAAGACAUUGCACAUUUUGACGAAAAACUCAAGAGCCAAUAUUUAUUUAAAAAUAGCUUUUUAUAAAAUACUAAUCCAAAACAAUAACAUACCAGUUUGUUAAACAAAAUGGAAUUCAGAAUUGUUUAAUAUUGACUGGAAAAACCGUACAUGAAUACGUGUUCAAUUUAUCUAAAAAUACAUAUAUUAGGUGGUUCCAGUGCAGACUAGUCCACAGAAUCUUAGGAACAAAAUAUCUUAUGUUAAAAAUGAAAACUGAUGCUAAUAAUAUAGGUAUUUUUUUGUAAUAAUGAAGUAGAAAAUAUGAUGCCCUUGUUCUAGUACUGUUUAUUUCCCCAGGAAAUUUCUUAAAUGUGUUGUUGAGAAUUUUCGUAGAAGAAAACCAAGUUAUCUUAUUCUUGUAAUCACUUCCCCAAAAGUGAAUGAUUUAAACAUGUUGUGUCUAGAAAUUAAACGAUAUAUUUUUUAUUGAGGAAGAAAAAACUAACAAACACUCUUUUAAUCUUUUGGAUCUGUUAAUAGUAUGAAGCACAAUUUAGAAAUAUAUACAACCACAAUUAAUACAGUUGAUGAAUUAAGAGAAUGGUCCCUUGAUAUUUGUAGACAUCUGCCAUGACAACAUGACUUAUCAUAACAUUUUAUAUAGAUACUAUAUAAUAUUGUUUAACACCCAGUUUUUUAGAGCCUGCAUUAUUAAUGUAUUUUACACAAUGCAAUGCAGCAUUUAAUAACCGUUCGAAAGUGUAAUAUAUUACAGAUAAAAGGCAUACAUACUAACAACGAAAGCUUACUAAUAUGAAUGUGCACAUUUCUUGAAACAUUAAACACUAUACAAUUUAUAUGAAUGUAUGUUUAUAAUCCUAGGAAUGUACCUGUAUUUAACAUACUCUGUAAAUAAAAUGAGUGCAUGUAUGUAUGUAGUAUUUUACGGAAAGAAUAACUUAGUGUAUGUACCCAUCACAUACCUUUUAUUAAAAUACUAUCUAUAUUCUAUGCUUGUUUGUAUGUCUGUAAUA